UAUGGGUACAUUUGGAACGGUUACUUCGCCAUGGCAUCCUGAGGCAGUGUCAAUCUCAGUGGAACACCCCACUCUUGCCGGUGAAGAAGGAAGAUGGCUCGUACCGCCCGGUCCAAGACCUUAGAUUAGUCAACCAGGCCGUGGAGACCCUCCACCCCAAUGUGCCCAAUCCUUACACGCUGUUGAGUCUAAUACCUCCCACCGCAUGUUAUUUCACCGUAUUGGACUUGAAGGAUGCAUUCUUCUGUUGCCGCCUGGCAGAAGAAAGUCAGCCCCUGUUUGCAUUUCAAUGGACAGAUCCGGGAACAGGCACCAGGGUGCAAUACACGUGGACGAGGCUUCCACAAGGCUUCAAGAAUUCUCCAACCCUUUUUGGGGUUGCAUUGGCCUCGGACCUGUCUAGCUUCCCCACCAGUCCGCGCAGAGUCUUGAUGCAGUACGUGGAUGAUCUUCUUUUGGCCUGUUCAGACGAGAGCACGUGUAUGGAGGCCACCAAGGACUUGUUAAAUCACCUGGCUGAAGCAGGAUACCGAGUAUCUAAGAAAAAGGCCCAGAUAUGUCAACCCACCGUGAAAUACCUUGGAUUUGAUAUAUCCCAUCAGCGACGGACCCUAAGGGAAGAAAGGAA